GGCCACCGGCCGACUACAGUAGAGACUACAGCUGCAGCGUUGAUGCAUUUAUAAUGAACAUCAUUCGUCAAGCGACUCGCGAUGAUUACCGAGACGGAAGAAUUUCAGAUUUUCCAUAUCAACGGAGGAAACAUUACCUGGGGAACAGUGGAUACCGAAAUGCACAACCGGCCUCUGUCUUUAUACCUUACAAUGAUGUGACAGGAGAGAUGAAUUGGUACAGAGAGCGUGGACAAAUUUUGUCGUCACCUGUAUAUGACGCCCCCAAACUCGCCAGACAACAAGAGCGCUACGAUGGUCUAUCGUUGUCUCGGCUACACAACGUUGACUCGUUUUCAGGUGGACACAUUGAUAUUGUCAUCGUUCGAUCGGUCGUUUCAGUUCUCUCGGAAAGAAGACCUAGACAUUGUACCAGCGCUAGGCGUUGGCUGCAGCCAAGUAAUGUUGGGCUUGUCUACCAAAAAGGAACCAGAAACUCGAACUACAUAUGAUAUUGCUGACAGAUACAUUUUGGAUCAGAUACACAACGUUGUCCAAUUCCCAAGUGAAGCCAGCAUUGGUGUCUCUCUCCGUAGGCCUGAUGACAAAUGGGUCCCAUGUUUUGAUACUUCGUAUAGUUCUAAUGUUUCUUCGACCAUUGGUGCUGGCUGUUGUACAAACGUUUGUACUCCUCUUGAUUCUAUGUCUAAGGACACUGGUUGUGAUAUCAAUGCUAAUAGUUCUGAUACUUGUGUUGAUGAGAAAAGGUUCAUUGGUGGUGGUAUAAAUGCUAAUAUUUCUAACAGCUCUGAGUUUCUUUUUGUUUCAACGCAACACAACACAUUUUAUAUGCCCACUGUUUAUAAACUUGUGAAUAGAAAGCCAUUAGUAGUUUCUUUACAGGAGAACGAUGCCGUUCUUGUUGUUGUGGAAGAGGCUCUACUUUAUUUUGGGAGACUUCAGUAUGCAGGUUUUCUCAGAGCAUGGAGGAAUUCAUGUGUCUCACUUGUUGUGGCGUUUGACAGCCUGAUGAGUUUGAAGGUCAAGACAGCAAAGAAUCUUCUGGGAGUGAAUCUGAAGAAGAUGGAUUGGUCAGAAAUUGCAACAUUGCAGCCAUUCUAUUAG